GAGGGGGAAACAGUGUCUGGUGGACUUCGGGGUGGAGGGAGGGGGAAUGCGCCCUAAGGGGCUCGGGGGGCUGGUGAGGCGAGCAUUUCCAAGGCUGUGUGCUUUGUGUGGUGUGGGGGGGACACACGAUGACCUUCCCCUCUUCAGAAAGACCUAAAAGGGCGAGGCAACCCCCAGUGAGAUCCCCCGGUGCUGAUGAUUUUCAGGGACUUGUUGGCAACUCAGCGAGGGUUGCCAUAGCUUUUUUAUGUAGGGUGACCAGAACCGGCUGAAACUGGUUUGAGGCAGAUCAGCUCCUGAACACAAUGCAGUCACUGAGCUACUACAGUGGGAUAGCAGCUUCCUCCCUUCAUGGCAGCCAAAAGCAGAGGAGCUUGCAGGAAGGUGCCAUCCCAACACAGUAUGUGAAUGCACACUUAGACACCACACAGCACUGGGUAUGUUCUGUUUUGUGCUUUUCCUUUUAGAAGCUACUAAAGGGUGUUUGGGAUACUUCUGACUGUUGUGAAGGCCAAAAGGCCUGUUGACUGGGGCUGCUUUUAACCCUUUCAUAUUUGCAGAGAAUGCAGCCGUGUGACAGUCACUGAACACUGAUCCAAAGUCUUUCCAAAAGGUCAAGGUUCACCAGAACAUCUGAUCAAAUUCAUGACCAUGGGGGAUAUGAAGACCCCAGACUUUGAUGACCUCCUGGCAGCAUUUGACAUCCCAGAUAUGGUCGAUCCCAAAGCAGCUAUUGAGUCUGGACACGAUGACCAUGAAAGCCACAUUAAGCAGAAUGCUCACGUGGAUGAUGACUCUCAUACACCGUCAUCUUCGGAUGUUGGUGUCAGUGUGAUUGUUAAAAACGUUCGGAACAUCGAUUCCUCUGAGGGUGGGGACAAAGACGGCCACAAUCCCACGGGCAAUGGCUUGCAUAAUGGGUUUCUCACAGCACCCUCUUUGGAUGGUUACAGUAAAGAGGGAGCGAAGUCCUUGAAGGGAGAUGGGCCUACCUCAGAGAUGACUCUAAAAGACUCAACAUUCAGCCAGUUCAGCCCUAUCUCAAGUGCUGAAGAGUUUGAUGAUGAUGAGAAGAUAGAGGUGGAUGACCCUCCUGAUAAGGAGGAGGUGCGUUCAAGUUUCAGAUCAAAUGUGUUGGCGGGGUCAGUUCCCCAACAGGACUACGAUAAACUAAAGACACUUGGGGGGGAAAACGCAAGCAAAACUGGAAUCUCUACAUCAGGUAAUGUGGAUAAAAACAAAGUUAAGAGAGAAACAGAAACAAAUUCCAUAAAUCUGAGUGUUUAUGAACCUUUUAAAGUCAGAAAAUCAGAGGAUAAGGUGAAGGAGAACUCUGAAAAGGUGCUUGAAAACAGGGUCCUUGAUGGGAAACUGAACUCUGAGAAGAAUGACACCAGCCUUGCUGGCGUCACAGCAUCUAAGACAAAAUCAGCCUCUAAGCUCUCCUCGUGCAUAGCUGCCAUCGCGGCACUGAGCGCUAAAAAGGCAGCUUCAGACUCCUGCAAAGAACCUGCGGCCAAUUCCAGGGAGUCCUCUCCGUUACCAAAAGAAGUGAACGACAGUCCAAGAGCCACCGACAAGUCUCCCGAAUCCCAGAGUCUCAUCGAUGGCACCAAGAAAGCUUCCUUGAAGCCCCCGGAUAGUCCUAGGAGCGUCUCCAGUGAGAACAGCAGCAAAGGAUCCCCAUCCUCUCCUGCGGGAUCCACGCCAGCAAUCCCCAAAGUCCGCAUCAAAACCAUUAAGACGUCUUCUGGGGAGAUCAAGAGAACAGUGACGAGGGUGUUGCCAGAGGUGGAUCUUGACUCUGGGAAGAAGCCUUCUGAGCAGACAGCAUCUGUGAUGGCCUCUGUCACAUCCCUUCUGUCGUCUCCAGCAUCAGCAGCCGUCCUGUCUUCACCCCCCAGGGCACCUCUCCAGUCAGCUGUGGUUACCAACGCAGUUUCCCCUGCAGAGCUGACCCCCAAACAGGUCACCAUCAAGCCUGUGGCUACUGCUUUCCUGCCUGUGUCUGCUGUUAAGACGGCAGGGUCCCAGGUCAUCAAUUUGAAGCUUGCUAACAACACGACGGUGAAAGCCACAGUCAUAUCUGCUGCCUCUGUGCAGAGUGCCAGCAGUGCCAUCAUUAAAGCCGCCAACGCCAUUCAGCAGCAAACCGUUGUGGUGCCGGCAUCCAGCCUGGCCAAUGCCAAACUUGUGCCAAAGACUGUGCACCUUGCCAACCUUAACCUUCUGCCUCAGGGUGCCCAGGCCACCUCUGAACUCCGCCAAGUGCUAACUAAACCUCAGCAACAAAUAAAGCAGGCAAUAAUUAAUGCAGCGGCCUCACAACCACCCAAAAAGGUGUCUCGAGUCCAAGUGGUGUCGUCCUUGCAGAGUUCUGUGGUGGAAGCUUUCAACAAGGUGCUGAGCAGUGUCAAUCCAGUCCCAGUUUACAUCCCAAACCUCAGUCCUCCCGCCAAUGCAGGGAUCACGAUACCAACGCGUGGGUACAAGUGCUUGGAGUGCGGGGACUCCUUUGCACUGGAGAAGAGCCUGACUCAGCACUACGACAGGCGCAGUGUGCGCAUUGAAGUAACAUGCAACCAUUGUACAAAGAACCUUGUUUUUUACAACAAAUGCAGCCUCCUUUCCCAUGCUCGUGGGCAUAAGGAAAAAGGAGUGGUAAUGCAAUGCUCCCACUUAAUUUUAAAGCCAGUCCCAGCAGAUCAGAUGAUAGUUUCUCCGUCUAGCAAUACUUCCACUGCAUCUCUCACUCUGCAGAGCUCUGUGGGAGCUGGCACACACACUGUCACAAAAAUUCAGUCUGGCAUAACCGGGACAGUCAUAUCAGCUCCUUCAAGCACACCCAUCACCCCAGCCAUGCCCUUAGAUGAAGACCCCUCCAAACUCUGUAGACACAGCCUCAAAUGUUUGGAGUGUAACGAAGUCUUCCAGGAUGAGACGUCGCUGGCUACACAUUUCCAGCAGGCUGCAGAUACAAGUGGACAAAAGACUUGCACUGUCUGCCAGAUGCUGCUUCCUAACCAGUGCAGUUAUGCAUCACACCAGAGAAUCCAUCAGCACAAAUCUCCCUACACCUGUCCCGAGUGUGGGGCCAUCUGCAGGUCGGUGCACUUCCAGACCCACGUCACCAAGAACUGUCUGCACUACACGCGGAGAGUUGGCUUUCGAUGCGUACAUUGCAAUGUUGUGUACUCUGAUGUGGCUGCACUGAAGUCUCACAUUCAAGGCUCUCACUGUGAAGUCUUCUACAAGUGCCCUAUCUGUCCGAUGGCAUUUAAGUCUGCCCCAAGUACACAUUCCCAUGCCUACACUCAGCAUCCUGGCGUCAAGAUAGGAGAACCAAAAAUAAUCUAUAAGUGUUCCAUGUGCGACACUGUGUUCACCCUGCAAACCUUGCUGUACCGCCACUUUGACCAGCACAUUGAAAACCAGAAGGUGUCUGUUUUCAAGUGUCCAGACUGUUCUCUUUUAUAUGCACAGAAGCAACUUAUGAUGGACCAUAUCAAGUCUAUGCAUGGAACAUUGAAAAGUAUUGAAGGGCCUCCCAACUUGGGCAUAAACUUGCCUUUGAGCAUUAAGCCUGCACCUCAGAAUUCAGCAAACCACAACAAAGAGGACACCAAGUCUAUGAAUGGGAAAGAGAAAUCAGAAAAGAAGUCUCCAUCUCCUGUGAAAAAGUCAGCAGAAUCCAAGAAGGUGGCCAGUCCUGGCUGGACGUGUUGGGAGUGUGACCGCCUGUUCACACAGAGAGAUGUGUACAUCUCCCACGUGCGGAAGGAACAUGGGAAGCAAAUGAAGAAGCAUCCCUGCCGCCAGUGUGACAAGUCUUUCAGCUCCUCCCACAGCCUGUGCCGCCACAACAGGAUCAAGCACAAAGGCAUCAGGAAAGUUUAUACGUGCUCAGGAGGCCUGGAAAAGGUCCAGUCCAGACCAGGUCCUUGGGCCCUUUGGCAGUACUCGCUCUUGGCUGAGACCAGACACAGCCACUGCCCGGACUCCCGGCGGACCUUCACCAAGCGGCUGAUGCUGGAGAAGCACAUCCAGCUCAUGCACGGAAUCAAGGAUCCGGAUGUGAAAGAGAUGACCGAAGCUACCAACGAGGAGGAAACCGAAAUAAAGGAAGACACCAAGGUCCCAAGUCCCAAGCGGAAGUUGGAAGAACCGGUUUUAGAGUUCAGACCUCCCAGAGGAGCCAUCACUCAACCACUGAAGAAGCUCAAGAUCAACGUGUUCAAGGUUCACAAGUGCGCCGUGUGCGGCUUCACCACCGAGAACCUGCUGCAGUUCCACGAGCACAUCCCCCAGCACAAGUCAGAUGGCUCCUCCUACCAGUGCCGCGAGUGCGGCCUCUGCUACACGUCCCACGUCUCCCUGUCCCGGCACCUCUUCAUCGUGCACAAGCUGAAGGAGCCCCAGCCGGCAUCCAAGCAGAACGGGGCCGGGGAGGACAACCAGCAAGAGAACAAGCCCGGCCCCGAGGACGAGACGCCGGACGGCGCUGCGUCAGACAGGAAGUGCAAGGUGUGUGCAAAGACCUUCGAAACAGAAGCUGCCUUAAACACGCACAUGCGGACACACGGCAUGGCCUUCAUUAAGUCCAAAAGAAUGAGCUCCGCUGAGAAAUAGCCACAGAUGUUCCAUAAGGAAAAUCCUGUCCACAUUGGAAUCAAGAAACAUUUUUGUUACAAAAAUUUGCAGUAUAAUAGAGUUAACAGUACUGUCUAGGCUGUUGCAAUAUAUUCCCUCUCAGUGUACCCUCCUCACCGUCAGGUUAUCUCCUCCGUAAGGAUCAUGACAGUAUUUGAGUUUAAAAGAGUUUGUAUAUAUUUAAACAAUAACUUUUAUACUCUUUGUUACAUGUUUGUAUCAGUAUUUAGUGGAAAAUGUUUUGAGUUUUUUGGGUUAGAGUUUUUCUUUUUGUACUGUUUCUUUAAAACAGAGUUCUUAGGGUCAGUUCCUGAAUUCAGAUAAACCAUUUUGUAUGUCACAAAUUUGAAUGGGUUCACUAAUCAGAGGCUAACAUUAAUGCCUUUUUUAGUGUUUUUAAUUUUUAGAAUUCACUACACAAAUUGUAGGUGAUCGUGGUCUCAACAACACUAGGAACUUUAAAGUGUCUUAGCACUACUCCCUGCGCGCCUGCCCGCAAGCACGGCCGCCCGGACAGCUGCACUCACUGGGGCGGCCCAGGCCACACCCAACCCCACGCCCAACCCAGCGUGUUUAAAGCAGCCUUGCAGGGACCCGCUCUCCCAGCAGUGGGUAGAACAGGCCCGGAAUCCAGUAAAGAAUGUAGAUGUGCUUAAUUCCAUCUGGAGAAAUGAGGAAGAAGGGAAUUCUAAAGGGAAAAAGCAAGGCUGAUCGAUCGUUGGGGGCACAUUUGCAAGGCUGACUUAAGAGCACAAGGAGGUAAAGCUUUGAAAGGGCUGGACUACUGUAAAAGUUACAAACACGUAGUUAGAGCAGUAGACGUCUAGUCAGAUGUUUGUCCCGUAACUUAUUAACUAUUACACACUUAAGAUAUCAAGUAUUUCUCUGGCUCUUGACAGGAAAAAAAGUCAUAGUUGACUUAACCCUUUGCUGUCUAAGCAGUUGGCGUUUCCUGUUCUGGGUGCUACUGCCAAACGUUCUGGUACUUAGAGUUGGGAUGCACAACUUCAACCACCGACUUACCAUGCAGCAGCCUGCACACGCAGUUGGCCAUUAGAUGAAGCACUGAGCCACCUGGGUUUCCUUUAGACAUUUCAGUAGGUACAGCUCGCCUCCGUAGUUCUGCUCAUUGAAGCAUCGCAGAGGUACUCUUCUGUCCCUUCUGUUCGUAGUUCUCUGGCAGAGUUAUAUGUAUGUAUUUGUUUUUGUUUUUUUUUUUGGUUAUUGUUUUGUGGUUUCUUUUGCAUUUUAUAUCUUGUAUUUAUCCCUGAACGUGUUUUGUACUUUUUUUUUUGUAAGAAAAGAAAUUCUUUUGUGUAUAUAUAGAUACUUGCAUGAUAGAAUGUAGUCGGUGUUUGGUUCCUCAGAAGGUCUUGCUGCUGUCAGGUGUUAUACACUACAUCCAUCAUAACUGUAUUAAACACAUUUAAUAUGUAAAUAAACGUGGGACAUUUGGCCCUUGUGCUUCUGUGAGAGAGUUAUUGAUGGUGGGUCUCUGACAUCUUCAUGAAGUUAAGGAAGUGAUUAAUUGCUGGGACAGACUAAAGGAUACUGCCAGAUUCUUCCCACUAGGAGGAGUGGCGUAUUUAUUCUCGUUAAUAAUCAGCUAUUGGUCACUUCCUUCUUGACUCCAUCAGUACAACCCAAGGGUGUGAUUAAGUAUUCCUCAACUUGAAGUUUGAUUGCUGUUACUCGUUACAGUUAUAUUUGUAUUGCUCUAAGUUGUAAUCAUAGCACUUUCACAUGUUUCUGCAUUUGGACCUUGCAAUAAACCUAUGUGGAGGGCCGCAUGGGUCUGUAUAGCCUAGUUUUACAGUUGAGGAAGCUGAGUUCAGAUUCAGUUCUUUGCCUAAGCCCUCGUAGCUGGUAAGUGGCUUUGCAUAUUAGAACCCAAAUAUUUUGCUCUAAAUCUAGUGCUCGCUCUAUGUGGUUAUGUACAUAUGGACAAAUAUUCAUUUAUUCAACAAAUAAAAGUAUGUGUAAAACAUGAUCCUA